CUUGAGAAAAUUGUUCCCAUAAAGAUUUGAUUACAGUUCUUCAACACAGAAAGAAACGAAACAUCAAGCAAUGGAUGUACAUGUAAUGAAUAACGAAGACUUAGACUCCGAUGCUUUAUUAAAAACCACAAAAGCUCUUUACAUCAUUUUCAUCAUCCUCAUUGUACUGUGCAACGGGGCGCUGAUCUUCAGAAUUUGGAGCCAGAAACAUUUUAUCUACAGCGCUAAAUAUCUCUUACUGGUCUCGUUGUCCAUAGGUGACAUUUUCCUGGCUCUUUUUUCAUUGGUGAUAUCAACAAGGGAUGUGUUUCAAGAUUUCGCAAAAGAGGAGUUAACUUAUAGAUUAUGGAUCACAUCUGAUGUUUACCAAACACAUCUCAUCAACUUUGUACAUGGGACUGGGCUCGUUGUUUUAUCAGCUGAGUAUAUUCACCGCUGUAGAUCAAACAAUCAAAGAACGAAAACUAAAACAGAUAUACUGAGGGGGUUGGCCAUCAGUUGCGUCCCGUGGAAUCUGGGUCUUGUGCUUAUACUACCAAUUUAUAUGGUAGGGAUAGACUUACAAGCUGUGUAUACUGUGUCCACCAUUGUACCAGCGGUCAUAGCCCUUGUCACAGCUAUCUGUGUGUCGUGCAUAAAGAAGGAUCACGUUCCACAACAGCAGAUAGAGCUGACCCCACAGCAAAACCAGGUCUUUUCUAACCAGUCAUCACAAUGGAACACGCAAGGUGCACCGGUUAUUGACGGUUACAACAAGCAACCAGAGAUGACCCCACUUAAUAACUAUCAAUUUAACAAUGUCGUUUUAGAACUAAAUCCCAACCCUCACAUCACAACACCACCACUAGUUAUCAACAAUGAAAAAAACAAAAUUCUUUCCCUUGCAUUGCUCUUCUUUUUUCUCGUGGUUCCUCAAGCUAUUUUCUCUAUGGCCUAUGAUUACAACGCACUUCCUUACGUAGCCUAUUACGCCAUAAACAACGGCCUCAUAUGGCUAAUGCUUCUACGUCCAAUCGUCACACCGUUAAUUGCUAUCGCUCCAUCGUAUUUACAACAUGCCUAG